AUGGAUUUCGAACAGAACGAAGACAUAAACGGGGUGCGGUUCUCGUGGAAUGUUUUCCCGGCGUCCCGGACGGACGCGAACAAGAACGUGGUGCCGGUGGGAUGCCUGUACACGCCGCUGAAGGAGAUUGAGGAGCUGGCGGUGGUCUCGUACAACCCGGUGGUGUGUGGUGGGCCACACUGUAAGGCGGUGCUGAACCCGUACUGCGAGAUCGACGUGCGGUCGAACGUGUGGGCGUGCCCUCUGUGCGGGACGCGGAACCAUCUUCCGCAGCACUAUGCGAACAUGUCUCAGGAGGCGAUGCCCGCGGAACUGAACUCCACGACGGUUGAGUACAUCACAAAUCGGCCGGUGCAGGUGGCGCCGAUCUUCUUCUACGUCGUGGACGUAACCGCGGAGGAGGAGAACCUCCAGGCGCUGAAGGAUUCGAUCAUCACCUCUCUGUCGUUGCUGCCCCCCAACGCGCUUGUUGGGCUGAUCACUUACGGUAAUGUAGUUCAGCUGCACGAUCUUUCAUGCACAGCAAUAGACAAGUGCAACGUGUUCCGCGGCGACAGGGAGUACCAGCUACAGCAGCUAGUUGAGAUGCUGACGGGAGAGAAAAGCGGUGGUAACCUGUCGGCCGGGCCACAAAUGAAGAUCACGCCAUUUUCGCUGAACAGGUUCUUCCUUCCCCUCGAGCAUGUCGAGUUCAAGCUCACUCAAUUGCUGGAGAACCUGCGGCCCGACCAGUGGACAAUCCCACCGGGACAUAGGCCUCUACGGGCUACGGGGUCUGCGCUGAAUAUUGCAACUCUUCUAUUGCAGGGGUGCUACAGGCACGUGGCCGCCAGGAUCUGCUUGUUUGCAUCAGGUCCAGGUACUGUGGCGCCGGGUAUGAUUGUUUCUUCUGAGCUAAAGGACCCCCUAAGGUCGCAUCACGAUAUUGAUUCGGACAAUGCCAAGCACCACAAGAAGGCAUGCAAAUUCUACAACCAGCUGGCGGAGAGAGCGGCGGAGAACGGACACACAAUCGAUAUCUUUGCUGGAUGCUACGACCAGGUUGGUAUGUCUGAGAUGAAGAAGUUGACCGACUCCACUGGUGGUGUUUUGUUGUUGACUGACGCAUUCUCGACGGCCAUCUUCAAGCAAUCUUUCAUCAGACUGUUUUCUAAAGAUGAGGAGGGCUACCUAACCAUGGCGUUCAAUGCUUCCAUGUGCAUUAAAACCAGUGCAGAUCUAAAGCUGCAGGGACUGAUUGGCCAUGCUUCGCCGGUUAACGUUGAUGCACAGAACGUGAGCGAUUCAGAAAUCGGUAUUGGGGGCACUUCUACAUGGAAAAUGGCGUCCUUGAGCCCUCACCACUCUUACGCUAUCUUUUUCGAGAUUGCAAAUACCGCUGCAACUGCCAGCCUCAUGGGGGACAGACCAAAAUUGGCAUACACCCAAUUCAUUACUGCAUACCAGCAUGCAUCUGGUACCAACCGUGUCAGAGUGACUACAGUUGCUAACCAGAUGUUGCCAUUCGGUAACCCGGCAAUCGCUGCUUCCUUUGACCAGGAGGCCGCUGCUGUACUAAUGGCGCGUGUUGCAGUCGAUAAGGCAGAUUCCGAUGAUGGCGCUGACGUCAUCCGGUGGAUCGAUAGAACUUUGAUCAAGCUUUGCCAGAAGUACGCCGACUACAACAAGGGCGACCCCCGCUCCUUCCGCUUGGCACCAAACUUUUCCCUAUACCCUCAAUUCAUCUACUACCUACGCAGAUCACAGUUUCUAAGCGUGUUCAACAACUCGCCUGAUGAAACUGCGUUCUACAGGCACAUUUUCACGCGUGAGGACACUACCAACUCCUUAAUCAUGAUCCAACCUACUCUAACCUCGUUCUCUAUGGAAGAAGAGCCGCAACCAGUCCUUCUGGAUUCUGUUUCGGUCAAGCCGAACACCAUUUUGCUGCUGGACACCUUCUUCUAUAUCUUAAUCUACCAUGGCGAGCAGAUUGCUCAGUGGAGAAAGGCUGGCUACCAAGACGACCCGCAGUAUGCGGAUUUCAAGUCUCUGUUAGAGGAGCCCAAGCUCGAGGCUGCAGAAUUGCUGGUAGACAGGUUUCCGCUGCCACGUUUCAUCGAUACCGAGGCAGGCGGUUCGCAAGCCCGUUUCUUGCUGUCCAAAUUGAACCCCUCUGAUAGUUAUCAAAACCAGUCCGCUGCAGGCUCCACCAUUGUGUUGACCGAUGAUGUUUCCCUACAAAACUUCAUGAUCCAUCUACAGGAUGUCUGUGUCAACGGCCAAAACUAA